CAUGGAGCUCCCAGAGGAGCCUGCUCCUGAGCCGGGAGGUGCGGACGCCGUGCCCGAGCGCCGUGGGCUGAGCCUGCUGCUGUCCGGCUUCCAAAAGGAACUGCGGGCGCUCCUGGCCCUGGCGGGUCCUGCGUUCUUGGCCCAGUUGAUGAUGUUCCUGAUCAGCUUCAUAAGCUCCGUGUUCUGUGGUCACCUGGGCAAGCUAGAGCUGGACGCAGUAACACUGGCAAUCGCGGUUAUCAACGUCACCGGCAUUUCAGUGGGACAUGGCUUAUCUUCUGCGUGUGACACCCUCAUCUCCCAGACAUUUGGGAGCCAGAACUUGAAGCACGUCGGGGUCAUCCUGCAGAGGGGGACACUCAUCCUGCUCCUCUGUUGCUUCCCCUGCUGGGCACUCUUCAUCAACACCGAGCACAUUCUGCUGCUCUUCAGGCAGGACCCAGAUGUGUCCAGGCUCACCCAGACCUAUGUCAUGAUCUUCAUCCCAGCGCUUCCUGCAGCCUUUCUUUAUACGUUACAAGUUAAAUACUUGCUCAACCAGGGCAUUGUUCUGCCACAGAUUGUGACUGGAUUCGCAGCCAACCUUAUCAACGCCCUGGCCAACUAUCUGUUUCUCCAUCAGCUGCAUCUUGGGGUGAUGGGUUCAGCGAUAGCCAACACCAUCUCCCAAUUUGCCCUGGCCAUCCUCCUGUUCCUCUACAUCCUCUGGAGAAAACUGCAUCAAGCCACGUGGGGAGGGUGGUCCUGGGAGUGUCUGCACGACUGGGCCUCCUUCCUGCAACUGGCCGUCCCUAGCAUGCUCAUGCUGUGCAUUGAGUGGUGGGCCUACGAGAUAGGCAGCUUCCUGAGCGGUAUCCUUGGCAUGGUGGAGCUGGGAGCCCAGUCCAUCACCUAUGAAUUGGCUAUCAUUGUGUACAUGAUUCCUGCAGGCUUCAGUGUGGCGGCCAACGUCCGGGUGGGAAAUGCGUUGGGUGCCGGAAACAUUGAACAGGCCAAGAAGUCCUCAGCAGUUUCCUUGAUAGUCACAGAGCUCUUUGCUGUGACCUUCUGUGUCCUGAUGAUAGGCUGUAAGGAUCUCGUGGGCUACAUCUUCACUACCGAUCGAGACAUUGUGGCCUUGGUGGCCCAAGUGGUCCCCAUUUAUGCUGUGUCCCACCUCUUUGAAAGUCUUGCUUGUACCUGUGGUGGAGUUCUGAGGGGCACUGGAAACCAGAAGGUCGGAGCCAUCGUUAACGCCAUCGGGUAUUACGUGAUUGGCCUCCCCAUCGGGAUUGCACUGAUGUUCGCAGCCAAGCUGGGCGUGAUAGGUCUGUGGUCAGGGAUCACCAUCUGCACUGUCUGUCAGGUUGUAUGUUUCCUGGCUUUUAUUGCUCGGCUCAAUUGGAAACUCGCCUGCCAACAGGCUCAAGUACAUGCCAAUUUGAAGGUAAAUGUGGCCAUGAAUGGGAAUUCUGCUGUCUCGCAGGAGCCGGGUCACACAGUAGGUCCAGAAAGCCAUGGAGAAAUUAUGAUGACAGAUCUCGAAAAGAAAGACGAGACUCAGCUGGACCAGCAAACGAACCAGCAACAAGUUUUGCCUGUCUAUCCGAAGGCCAGCAAUGAACUGUCUGGGAUACAGCUGGUCCUAAGGCGAGGGCUCCUGCUCCUCGCAGUCAUUGCAGUCUUGGUGGGGGGGAUUUUAGUGAGAGUAUAUGUCAGAGUUGAGUGACGUGGAAGAGCCAGAGAUCAAGCUACACAGUUACUCCCCGGUUUAUGAGAUUACAUACUGAAAAUAUUACAUCCGGACUGGGAGAAUUGCUGUGGUAGACAAACACAUGCUUAGUGUGUUCAGGACCCUCUAACAAGUAAGCUCUCUCUCUCUCCCCCCACCUUCUCUUUUUCUCCAGUACACACAGACCCACACAGAGAGAGAGACUGAGAGACUGAGAGUCACAGACACAUACAACACAGACGGAGAAUCACAGACACACAGCACAUACACACAGAAACAGAGAGAUGGAGAGUCACAGACAACAAAGAGAGAGAGAGUUGGAGAGUCUCUCUCUUUCACACACACACACAGAGACAGAGAGUCACAGACACACAACACACACAGAGACAGAGAGAUGGAGAGUCACAGACACACAGUACACACACACACAGAUGGAGAGUCUCUCUUUCACACACACACACACACACACACACAGACUGAGAAUCACAAAUACAUACCAUACAGAUGGAGAGAUGGAAAGUCACACACAAAAGAGAGAGAGAGAGAGAUGGAGAGUCUCUCUCACACACAGAAACAGAGUCACAGACACAAGACACACACACAGACACAGAGAGAUGGAGAGUCAAAGACACAUAACACGCACACACAGACAGAGAGAUGGAGAGUCUCCCUCACACAUAUACACACAUACACAUGGAGAGAGAAAGGGGGACAUGCACUGUGAGUGGACAAUGUAUGUAAUACACUUAACCUACCAAACACCAGUGUUGAAAAUACUGUACUAGCUAGAAUGUUCAUUUUUUUCACCCCUGGGGGGCUGUAGCGCACUGUCACUGUCCCUCAUCUCUAAAGGAUUGUGUCACACACCGUGAACCCAGGGAAAGAUCCCAGUUCAAAAUACUCUCUGUUAAACGCGUGUUACUUUUGCACCAAUGUAAAGUUGAGCCGUUGGAAAGGGAAAGUCUGGGACCACAUGCGGCUUUGAAUUCACAAACAAUAUAGAUCUGGCAGCCAGUGGCCAGUCAUUUGAGCUAACAGAAUUCAAUCGUUCUCGUGGGUUUUAUGAGCUGAAAAUUCAAGAUGUUUUGCUAAUAAAGACUAAGGUGAACACCAUAUUGUGGCCUAAGACAAUAUGGGGAAGAUGGUGGUGAAAUAUUAAUCCAUCCACCACUGUAAAGUGUGGACUUUCUAUUUCU